GCAACCGCUUGAGAGCUGAAGGCUUAGGCUACCUGCAGCUGUCUUCAAGCUCAGCCUCAUCUGUAUGUCAAAAGCUACAGUUAAUACAAUCUCAAUUGAAUCAAAACGACGAUAAUUUGAUACUUUUCUCUUUUGGCUCCUCCGACCCUUCAAGAAGCUCACGUGCAUUUACAUCAGCACGGUCUUCCCUUCAACCUCUCCACAACAACUCACCUCACUGCAGUGGAUAACCUCCUAUUGUUUCGCCUCACCAAGCACAACCACCCUAAACCUGGCUUCAACCUCCAAACUCGAUUCAUCCAUUCACGCUCAACGAUCUCGCUGGCAUCAAUAGAAACUCGCAUGAUCACGAAUGCAGACACAGAGCUCAUAUUAGGAAACCCUCAACGUCACUUUGAGGUGUCGUCACCAUGAGUUUAUUUAAACACAUCCCCUGUCCCAAGGGCGAUGAUUGCGCAGCGAGCCUCUGUCCAUUCAACCAUCCAAAGGAGAAAUAUGAACCACCAUCACAAGGACUUUCAUCAGAUGACACGAGUAAUGAGACCACCGCAGCAAACCAGGAUGUACCACGCAAGCGUGUGAGGACAGAUCCCUUUCAUCCGCCUCCUUCACCUAAAACUCCCCAGGAGGUUGCACCCAGCUCUUCUGGAACAUCUCGUGGGGGUUCAACGGAUGAUAUCCCAAAGCCAGUAGCCAAGAAGCUUGAAACAGCAGCUCGAACAGUCUCUCCUCCACCACUGAAACGGAAAAUGGACACUCAAGAUCACACUCCAAAAGCUUCUUCAAAGAUUGCCAAAACAAGUCAUUCUGCUACUGAAUCACGUCCGUCUUCUGCCCGAAAAACUGUACCAGCAAAGCCCAAGAAGGCCGAGACACUGAAUCCGAGACUCCUUAAACGAUUGCCUGCUGCUCAUGACGUCCGUCUCAGGCUAGUCAAAAUGCUUCACCAAGAACUUACCCGACUGAACAAAGAACUCAAAGCUAAGAUCAAGAAAGACGAGACGAGACUUCUACUAUCAGAUCAAGAUCUUAUCGUCCGAACACUAGACGAAGAGGAAUACGUUGCCGUCCACAAGACCGCCGUGUACUCUAAUGUGAUGAAAAACAAAGUCAUGCAAUACAAGCGAAUGAAGGUUGAUCAGUGGAAGGCUGAGAGAGAGGAUGAAAUAAAGAAGAAGGAGCUCGAAGCAGCUGGAAAAGAUCCCAACGAGAAACCCACGGAAAUCAAGACCGGCCUGACCCCUGCUCAGGAGGUUGAGCUUACGAAACGCAUAUUGACUCCCAUCGAUAAGCUAUCAAAUCAUGGUUAUGUUGCUAGUAUACCUUCAGAAGCUGAUAUCGAAAAGGCGAGACAAGGUGUAGCAACAGCCGCAGGAUGGGAGAAAUGUGACCGUUGCCAACAACGCUUCCAGGUCUUUCCUGGAAGACGUGAAGAAGACGGUGCACUCACUUCUGGUGGGACAUGCACGUUCCACUGGGGAAAGACCUUCAUCGCCCCCAAGGCUCCAGGCGACAACACCAGGCAGCCCAAGCGAUAUCAGUGUUGUGGACAAGAAGUCGGUGACUCUGUUGGCUGCUUCACUCGUGAUCACCACGUAUUCAAGACCUCAGAUCCCAAGAGACUUGCCUCUGUGCUUAACUUUGCAGAAACUCCCGAGAAUCUUGUCGUGCCUACGGAUAGAGCAGUGGCUUUUGAUUGCGAGAUGGGUUAUACAGUUUUCGGCAUGGAACUUAUCCGUCUAACCGCAACAUCAUGGCCGACGGGCGAGGAGCUGCUAGAUGUUCUAGUUCGACCGUUGGGAGAAAUUCUGGACCUCAACUCGCGAUACUCUGGUGUCUGGCCAGACGAUCUCGCCCAAGCUGAAUCAUGGACCGCGGACAAAUCGACGAAGCCAACUAAGAGUAGCGACGACGAUGUGAGUGAAGAUGGCGAGCUGAAGCCUAAGAAGAAGCAGCUCAAGAUCGUCUCAUCUCCAGAAGUCGCCAGAGGCCUACUAUUUCAACUCAUCUCUCCAACAACACCCUUGAUCGGACAUGGUCUCGAGAACGAUCUCAACUCAGUCCGUAUUGUGCAUCCAACACUAAUUGAUACCGUGCUGCUCUUCCCCCACAAGGCUGGUUUACCAUAUCGGUAUAGCCUAAAGAUGCUCAUGGAUGUUCAUCUCAACCGCAAGAUUCAACAGGAGACGGGUCCAAAAAUGGUAGGCCAUGAUUCUGCUGAAGAUGCAAGGGCAGCAGGAGACCUUGUUCGUCUCAAGAUUAGGAAUGAGUGGAUGGAUAUGCAGAGAGAGGGUUGGAAACUGGUGGAUGGUAAUUUCGUGGCUCCUGGGAAAGCUUCAGGAUUGACGGAGGUAUUCAUCGAGGCAUAGCUCUUGAGCAUGGGCGCCAUAUUCAAGAUAGGUAGUUACGCAUGUGAAUUUUCAUGGGACUGGAGAGCAUUGGGCAUCAUAGAUCUCGGGGUGUUCUGGACUUGGUCACUGGUUCAGCUUAGUUAAUGCCGUUUUGGAACGGGAGAAGCCGUGAAGCCACCGGCGAUUAUACAUUGCGAGAUAGGGUUGAUACUCCCGUCUGGUCUCGUUCUAGAAAUACAUAGUUGGCGCUCAUGAAUAAAUGUUUUCAUCGCCAACGAUAAGCGGGGAUUUCCCAGUCAUUUCCUCAACAUCCUUU